AUGCCGCCGAAACGAAGAGGAGGCACGCGUAAUGCCCAGCCAGCACCACAACCAGUGCAGUCGGACUUUGAUGACACAGACGCCAUCACCGACUACCCACCCAAUCUCCCACCACCACCACCACGAAGUGAUGUAGAGCUCAACCUCACAGUCCUCCACCGCUACAGUCCGGAUAUCGAGCGCAUCCUCGCCAUAGCUCCGUUCGCUGUACUCUACAUCUUCAGCGCCGAGAGCCAGCAAUGGGAGAAGUGCGGCAUAGAAAGCACACUCUUCGCUUGUCAGCUCAGUGGUGGGAGGUAUAAUGCCAUCAUCCUGAACCGCAAAAGCCUGGAUAAUUUCAUUACGGAGCUAGUCAGUGCCGAUGACAUUCAGGUCACGGACGAGUAUGUAAUACUCCAGGCUCUUAACUCUGGAGGCGAGCCGCAGAUUUAUGGUAUCUGGAUCUUUUCGGAUGGAGAGACGGUGCCUAGUACGAAGGAGGUGAUGGCCAAGACGAUCCAGGCUUGCGCUUUGCAGGCGCAGAUCUCACGUGAGGGAACGGCUGACGUUGAUGAUGGACAUGUGGAGGAGCAGGACUACGGCUUGGAUGGGACUGCGCAAGCGGAGGAGCAGACGCAGGAGGAAGAAGCUGUGGCGCAGCAGAGCGAGCAGAAGUUGGAUUUACUGCAAUUGUUUGGCAGCAAGUCGGCACAAGAAGUGCAGCAGCCUACACUACAAGUUCAGCCGAGCAUGGUGAAUGAUGUACCUCCGCCUGCCUUCAUACCAGCAAUGUUCACAGCGACAACCGACACAGACUUCUUCCGCAAGACCAGCAGUCCGGCUAUCGCUCAGCCUCAGCCCGCGCCACCGCCGCAGCAGAAGAAUGCGCUUCUUGAUCUGUUCAAGAAAUGA